CUUUAAAACAGAUUUCAGUACUAGGGAUUUUAUUCAUUAACUUGGGUUUUUUAGUAGACUGAGGAAAAAACUGGCACAAUUUUGCUUUGAAACAACGAGUUAAUUUUCGAUGGAGCAACAUUGCAAUACUGAAGACCGUUGACCGAAAACCAGUGCAACACAACGGCCCCCGACUAAGACAAUCAGGAAAAUCAGGUCACCUUACCUCAUCAUGUAGGCCUUCGAUUUUGCUUUACGGUCACCCUCACUCUCUGCGUGCGUGACUCACUCAAGGGUUCCUUCUGAGAUUAGGCAAGACUUCGCACAUUUGAAAUUUCUAAAAAAUGAUCCUUGUUUUUCCCAUAACUUCCUAUAGAUGUAUAAUUUUUAAAAAAUGUGUGCUCUCUGCAGGCUAAAUGUUGUUUUCAACGUUAGAAUUAUCCGUUUUUUGGAUGACUUUUGAUUUUCAUUGCACACAUUGUACACACUUUCACAGCUGCCAGAACUUUAACGUAGGAAAAAAUUGAUGUUUCAUUCCUUAGCGAAUUUGGGAUACCCCGGCUGUUAGUUUGCAUAAAUAAUUGACGGUUAUGAUAAAGAUAUUCCUUCAUCAAACAUAUUAGGGAAGUAUAAGCCACCAAAAGUUCAAUUAAAAUGUAGGGUUUACUGCUAAGAGUAGGACAGAACUAUUCUUCCUUGUCAAGACAUCGUACUCCCCGAUAAUUUUUACCUUUAAGCUGAAGCUAACGGUAUUUUUAACAAAUCCGGGGGUUUAUCGUUUAGUUGUCGGGUCAUUUCCAAAAUGAGACAGUCGUCAUAGCAGCUAUUGCGUGAUCUUCCCUUUUUGCCCAAUCAGAUUUUAGGUCAGUUAUACAGCAUGUCUUGCCAAGUCCCUUGAUUUGCCAACCGCCUUUUUCGGACAUCAGAAAUCAAAAGUUUAUCACCUGAUCAAUUAAGCUUUUUAACGAAAAUGGUUGAAGAACAAAGAAAAAGACCAAGAGAUUUCUUCGAAGAAGCACUAAUGCGGAAGUCAAUUGAUUACCUGGCACCACAACAUCAAGUGCCACUGAUAAUCCAGCAAAGCUUAACUUUCGAUUCAAUCGACGGCCAAAACUUUCCUUACAAACUAUGGUUUAUUAUCAACAAUCCACAAUUUAGUGAUGUGCUUCAUUGGAGCCAAGAUGGAAUGGCUAUUGUCUUCCCUGAUGACCGUUUAUUCGUACAGAGAAUUUUGAAGAGGAAAGAAGGAAAGAUUUUCAAAACGGAAAGCCUGAAAAGUUUUGUACGACAACUCAAUCUCUACGGUUUUAGAAAAGUGAUGUCUGAUCGAUAUGAUGGCGUUGGCCGCUCCAAGUUUGGUUCAAUGUUUGAUCAUGAGUAUUUCAUACGGGGAAGGCCUGAUUUAUUAGAAUACGUAAAAAGGCGUUGCAAUGUCAAGUUAGGCCAAAAAGAGAACGACAGAACGCCGACUGGCGGCCUCGCAGCGAUACUUCAAGACAGGAGCAGAGCGAUUGGGUUCCAAACAGGGCUUGACUUUGGAGACAGGGCGCCGAAAAGAAGACUGAGAUUCUCUCCCGAGGGAAAGGAGAAUCAAUUGGGUCUCUUAGGUGAUACCAGUCAGAAAAUGCCUGGGGAAUUCACCCCAUCAUCGAGUGCUUACUACCCCUUCCACUCGCUUUACCAGGGAUACCCAAUGACAAGUCAAAUGCUGCAGAACUCUGAAAUGGCAACUCUGUCUGCUAUUGAAAGCGCUGCAGAAAUGAAGCAGUCCCCAUCACCUGGAAGGGUCCUUGACGGCCAACAGUCUGUUGUUACAAUCCCAAAGAGUGCUAUGUUUCCAACGCCAAGCCAAAAUCGCUCGCGGGAAGCCGAUCCAAAAGCUGAUGGUUGUAGGAUGGGAUUGGUUGAUACGCUAGCCAACAUAUUUUCGCCCAACACUCCAUCCGAAAUAUCGCAAGUCGCUGCAUCAUAUUUGACGACACCAAACUCAUUCGGUGAUCAUCCGACAAAUUUCAUCUCUCCUAACGCGCUCAAUUUUUAUCCGACAUCUGGUCCAAGCCCCCUGUCUGCCCUCUGUGCCUCACUGUUUUCUCCCUUUAAUGACGGCCGCGGACCAAUCAACAAAUCCACGCAAACAUCAGGUGAGCCAAAGCCGUUUAGCGCAUUCAUCUCACAAAGUGAAGCUAUAUCUGCUGUAGCUAGCCUCCCUUGCGAUUCAGAGAGCCUCGGUACAAACCUAAACGUUAAUCAAAACACAGAGGCAAACUUUUAUGUGAUGGAUGCAAUGUCUCGUUUUCAUAAAGAGGGCAUCAUCAAGGAGAGAGACUUUAUGAGCCAGUCAUCCACUGAGGACACAACAGUUGAUGUCACCGGCAUUGAUGACGAAUCGUCCAACGCUAGAAUUGAUUCUCCUCUAAGUUCUAAUGAAGCAACUUCUGUUUCGCAGUAAAAUUAAAUGAAAAAUUCCAGUUUCCUAUUGCAGGAAGGCUUGCAUUUAUUUCAUCAUAUUUCUAAGCCAGUAUUUUUGGUUUAUUCGUAAUUAAAAUCUUUUCGAUUGUCAUCCCUCAGUGCACAAUUUUUAGUAAGUGGUUGGAUAUUUUUUGCAAAAUGAAACCGUAAAAACUGUGAGUAAUUGGUGAGCAGAAGAGUCCCUCAUCUCGUGUCACGCACAAAUUCCAAAUUUUCGGGCAUGUCACUGUGUUAGUUUAUGAUUCGAUUUCUAUACUUUGAAACCAAGUUCACUUUACCAAGUAGUUAUAAUUUUCUCUUGGUUUCUAUGUCAAAGCAGGGGCGUUUCUAUUGUGUCAGAAUGAAUGUGCUAUGUCAUUUUUGGUCCAAGAUCCCCCUUUAUCUAUGUGCAGCUGUACACCCCUGCAACCUACUAGAAUCUGAUUCAAAGUCAAAAGUGUUGUUAGUGUUGUAAUAACUGUACUGUAAAGCGUUGUUUUUAAACGAUCAGUGCAACCAUAAUCCAGCUUAGUCAAUCUAGGAAUGUAAUUCUGUUUUCUUGUUUCCAAUACCAGUUUUUCUGUCUUGUUUUCUUCUUCGCGAUAGUUUUCAUUAAAAUUACGACAUUUUGUUCGUAUUCAUGUAAUUUCCUAGUCAAUUCUGUUGCAUUAAACUAGUUUAUUCGAUUUUGUAUGUUGGCAGAUAUUGAAAUCUUUUUUAAAUUAUGAGUUUAUGUAAUGUUUAUUGCUGAAUUGAUUAAAGAUUGGUAAAUACCUAUGAAACAAAAUGUAAA